AGGUUGCAAUGGCGUCGUCAACAGGAGACACUGGUUGUAUAAAUGAUUCAGCAGUGUGUCCAAUAUGUUUCCAAAAGUUUAAGAAACCGAAGAUGUUGCCGUGUUCUCAUACUUUUUGUCAUUCUUGUUUGGAAGGACUCAUCAAAUCGUCCUGCAGUAGUGCGACCUCCUUGGGAUUUACAUGUCCUCUGUGUCGAAAAUUCAUAGUAGCCCCGGGGACAGUGGGCCAGUGGCCUUUAGAUAAAUGGGCGUCGCUUUUCCCGCCAAACCAAUUUAUAGAGUAUUUGAUUGAAAAGGGCUCAGAGGUGUCGACCAUUGAUUGUGAUGCAUGUGUCGAAGAUGGCGAAGACGUGAGAGCUACAAACUGGUGUAAAGAUUGUAGGCGACCCUUCUGUGAAAACUGUUCAAAAAUGCAUAAAAAGUUUCCCGCUGUACGCGACCAUGAAACAGUCUCUUUGAGCGAGAUUACCUCUGUCACUAAGCCUGCAGAGAUUGUUUCAAUGUUUUGCACAGUGCAUGAACAGAAUAAAUUGGAACUUUUUUGUAGAGAUCACCAAGCACCCUCUUGUGUCUUAUGCGUUCCUAUGUUGCAUAGAACCUGUGACCACAUAGGAUCAAUACAAGAAGAAGUGAAAAAAUUUGAUAAAACAAAGAUUCAUGCUGUAGGACUUGUGAAAGAGAUGAAAACAAUUUGUGAUGUUUUCGAAAAACUCAUUGAGGAGGAGAAAAUGAACAUUGCAAAAAUUGAUGAAAAAACUGACAUGUACAUUGAUAUGGUCAAAAGUGCUUGUGAGAGAUCAGUGCAGCAUUUGAAAAAUCUAGAGGAAAAGCAAUUGAAUCAAAUUGCAAAAUUUUCAAAAGAUGGUAAAACAAAGAUAGAAUCUACAAUUAAAGACCACGAAAAUCGAAGGGGAUAUGUUAAAACGUGUCUGAAAUUAAUCAGUGAAACACUAGAACAGGGUGAUGAUGUUCAUCUCCUACUUCAAUAUUCUUUCGUGAAAGAAAAGAUCAGAGAGAUAGAAAAACUUGAACUGACAACCGUAAAGAUAGAUUUAUCUGCAACUACAGUGGACGAAAUUGAAAAUAUCAAAGAAUUUUUAAAGUUAAAGUUAGAUGAAAAGAGUACAAACAUUCCAGAAACCAUUGACGUUGCUCGAUCUCAGUUGAGUGUUAUCCAUUGCUUUACAGUGGCGAAAUCCAACAUUAUAGGAGGAGCAUUUUUGCAAGAUGGGCGCAUACUCCUGAUUGAUGCUAAAUCACGUCGCUGCCUGAUAUACAGUGAACAUGGUGUUUUAGAACAGGAGACAAAGUUUCUUAAGUGUCCAUGGGAUGUUUUUAUAGAUUCUUAUCUUCUCUAUGUCACAUUUCCUGCUGUCAAGGAGAUAAAUGCUAAAUGCUAAAUUUAGAUGAUCUAUCUGAAUUUAAGACAUUUCAAGUAAAUUGUACAUGCAGAGGUAUAACAAAAGUGGACGAUAGAAUAAUAUUAGCGGGGAAAACGGUUAUAGAAACUCUGAAUGGAGAUUUUGAACAUCUUGAUGAGACUAAAGUAGAUGCAGAUACGGAUGAUGUAGCUUCAGAUUUAAAUGGAAACCUUAUAUAUUCUUGUUACAAUAAUGGUAUAGUAACAAAGAAAUGCAGCAUGAAAAGGCAUAUAUAUGCUUAUAAACAUUGGACUCUAAGUGCACCAUUUGGUCUGGAUGUCGAUCACAUGGGAAACGCCUACGUGUGUGGAUUUGAGAGCAACAACAUUCAUAUAAUAUCGACAGAUGGAGAAACCUUGAGGAUUUUAGAUGGAUUCACUAAACCUCAGUGUGUAAAAAUUCAAAAUAACAGUGUCAAGUUUUUUGUUGUGGAAGAAGAAUCAAAAGUGAAAGUAUGUGAAUUUAUAUAAAUUGUCGAGAAAAAUAAACAAUGUAGGGAUUUAUUUUUAAACUGCCUUGCAACUUUCAUAAAUGUAUGACAUGUACGGUGUAUAAUCUAACAGUCCUAGCUAUUGGGAUAGGGCAAAUGAUGAAUUGAUUCAAUUGAAAUAUAUUAGCUUUCCAUUACGUUCAUUGAAAUCAAAAUAAAAUUCCUGAACA